AUGCAGGAGGUCAUCUGGGGGAACCACAGCUCUGUGUCUGAAUUCAUCCUCUUGGGCUUCUCUAAUGAGCCUCAGAGUAAGCUGCUUCUCUUCACCUUCUUCCUCCUUCUCUAUCUCAGCACCCUCUUGGGCAAUGGGCUCAUUAUCACCCUGAUCUACCUGGACUCCCGCCUUCACACACCCAUGUACUUCUUUCUCAGCAUGCUUUCCCUGCUGGACAUGAGCUAUGUCACCACCACUGUGCCCCAGAUGCUAGCACAUCUGCCCCACCCAAAGAAGACUAUCACCUACCUUGGGUGUGUGGCUCAGAUGUAUAUCUUCCUGGCGCUUGGCAUUGCUGAAUGCAUCCUCUAUGCCAUCAUGGCCUAUGACCGAUAUGUCGCCAUCUGCCACCCCCUCCACUACACCCUCAUCAUGAACCGUCUCACCUGUGUUGCUAUGGUUGUCACCUGCUGGACUAUUGGUCUUCUUGGUGCCCUAGUCUACACUGUCUUCACCAUGCACCUGCCCUACUGUGGCCCCAAUGAAAUCAACCAUUUCUUCUGUGAGGUCCCCGCAGUUCUGAAGCUAGCCUGUGCAGACACAUCUCUCAAUGACCAGGUGGAUUUUUUCCUGGGUUUCAUCCUGCUGCUGGUCCCAUUGUCUCUGAUCCUGGCCUCAUACAUCCGCAUCUUUGCUGCCAUCCUGAGGAUCCGUUCCACUCAGGGAAGGCUCAAGUCCUUCUCUACCUGUGUCUCCCAUAUCACUGUUGUCAUCAUGUUCUACGGGCCAGCAAUGAUCAUGUACAUGAGGCCUGGCUCCAAGUCCUCUUCCAAGCAUGACAAAAAACUGGCCCUGUUCUAUAAUGUGGUCUCUGCCUUUCUCAACCCUAUCAUCUACAGUUUAAGAAACAAGAAUGUGAAAGGAGCUUUUCUAAAAGUCAUAAUUAAGAAGGAUGUCCUCCAAUGA